CGCGGGGCACAGCGGGGCCGCAGCUGCCGAGUCACGGUGAUAGACGUUCGCGGCUCACAGCUUUUUCAGAAUAAGCGAUGCUGUGUGUCCCUCCCAAGACCCAGUAAGAAAACCGUGCUUAAGAGUCAAGAGUAUCUGAAGGACUUCGCAAGGAGAGGAGCACCCUUGGAAUGAAAAUGUUCCAGGAAGAUGCAAGCCUCCCAGUUGCCUUGCCUCUCAGCAAAAGAAUUAGAACGGCAUAUUCCAAGUUUGGGAGGGGCCGGGGGGGACACAAUUUAUAUUCGCUAGAGAUCUUACUUGGAAGUAAUUUUACUCCCUAUAGUUUUUUACUUAAACCUUCUCAGACUGGUUCCCAGCUGGGUGACUUAGUGAUCUCCAAAAUGUGCUGACAUUCGGGCCCCUAAGAAUACAUACUGUUACUUUUAAUGGGUGGGAUUUUUUCAAUUAAUUUUUAUUGGAGUAGAGUUGAUUUACAAUGUUGUGUUAGUUUCUGCUGUCCAGCAAAGUGAAUCAGUUAUACAUAUGCAUGUAUCCACUCUUUUUUAGAUGCUUUUUUGUGAGAUUUGUUUUUAAAAGGUUUCCCUGAGCCAGCGGAGCGCCCAGGUGCAGCCACAGUGCUGGCCUCGGGGACCGGAGGCCAAAUGCACGACGUCAGGUUGCCAGGAGCUAAGUAUUCCGUCUAGACACGGAGGAGGGAGGAGAGGACCAGAGGAGACGGGGUCCUGGGAGCUGCAAAAGGCCUGCGCCCAAAAGAAAAGAGCUCUCCCUUUGUUCCACUGCCCACUGCUUGUCCCUGAGCCUGGCCCUACAGAAGGGCAGAGGAGACCUCUGGGGCUUGGCCUGGAGAAUUCCUUUCUUCUUUUCUUGCUUCCUCCUACGCCACGUGGCUUCAGACCAUGACAUUUCUGUUCGAUGCUGUCAGUGCCUUGGUUUGAGGAGAAUCUCUCUGUACCCGGGUCCCUUGGCCAAGAAUAAAUGGUGCCCGGAGCCUGCUGGCAUCUGCUCCGGCCUGUCUCCCUUCCUCCUCCACAUGAUCCUCAGACAAGAAACAGUUCCUUCCCCCAGGCAGUGGGGCAGAGCUAAGGGGGAGGCGAUGGGCCAGGCCCAGGAUCCCCAGUCCCGAGCUUGCGUGUCUGGCUGAGGUUCAGCUUCAGCCUGGCCGGGGAGGGUAAGGUACAACUUGCCUCUCUCCUCUGAAACUUAGUGAUCAAAUAGCCACCAGCCCCAGCCCCUGCCCCUACCCAGAGGCGAGCCUGCAGAGCCAGGGCCCACCGGCUAUUUUUAGAAAGCUAUCAGGUGUGCAGGACACCCAGUUGCUUUUUCCACCUGUUUGGGGUCAUUAUAGGGAUCCUGUGUCUCUGCCACAGGCCCUGCCUAUUCUGCCAUGUGAGUCUCACUGUGACCAGGGCAGCCACUAAGCUCCUUCCCGAUUAACCCAGUCGUCUCUCCCGCCUCGCCCGGCCAUGGCAAGUGAGUCUUUGGGCCCAUAGUCGUUUUGUGGUCGGAAGCAUGGACAUUGGGCACUAAUGCCUGGCCUCCUCUGCUUCCUUGAGAGGGAGUUUUCAAAGGUCAGAAAGUAACGUCAGGUCAGGAAGAACCUUGACUCGGGAGCCCAUCAUGAGGAGUGUGGAUCCACUGGGCGGCAGCACAGCGCGUGCCGUCAGGCUGGGGCAUGCUGUGUGCACCCUGGGGUUCAUUGCCAACAGAUGCAGGGAGCUGGGGGCGUUCAGAAGAAGAGCUCAGCCUUGAAGGGUGGGCAAGUUUUGAUCAGGAAAUACAGGAGGGCAGGUGUGCCAAGCAGAGGAAAACUUGUGCGCCGGAUCAUCCAAGUUGUGAUGGGAACCUCGAGGAGACAGUGAGGCGGGAACAGGGGGCUCUGCAGGGACAGAAGGACAAGAGCCUGGAAAGCCCACGAGGCGGUGCCCGGUGUGAAAAGCCUUGGAUACCAGGUCCGGCCUCUGUUUCCACGUGAGGAGCAGCUGCGGCCCACCGAGAUGUCCCGGCACCACAGCCGCUUCGAAAGAGAUUACCGGGUGGGCUGGGACCGCCGCGAGUGGAGUGCCAACGGGACGCAUGGGACCACCAGCAUCUGCAGUGCCACCACCGGGGCGGGUGGCGGCACAGCCAGCAGCCUCAGCGCCCGGCCCGGCCUCCUGCCGCUACCCGGGGUGCCCUCCCGGCUGCCCACACCCGCCACGGCCCCCGCGCCCUGCACCACCGGCAGCAGCGAGGCCAUCCCCAGCCUCGUGGCCAGCUCUGCCUCCGCCGUCACCACCAAGGCCCCCGGCAUCUCCAAAGCAGACAGUCAGUCCCAGGGACUCACGACCAGCAUCCGGUGGGGGCAGACGCCCAUCAAUCAGUCCACGCCUUGGGACACUGAUGAGCCGCCCUCCAAACAGAUGAGGGAGAGCGACAAUCCAGGCACAGGGCCGUGGGUGACCACAGUGGCCGCCGGGAGCCAGUCUGCCCUGAUCGCACACUCCUACGGAGUGGCCCAGCCUCCCACCUUCAGCCCGGCUGUGAACGUCCAGGCCCCGGUCAUUGGGGUGACCCCUUCACUGCCUCCCCACGUGGGGCCCCAGCUCCCGCUGAUGCCAGGCCACUACUCACUCCCACAGCCGCCCUCUCAGCCACUGAGCAGCGUGGUGGUCAACAUGCCCGCCCAGGCCCUGUAUGCCAGCCCGCAGCCCCUGGCUGUUUCCACGCUGCCCGGCGUCGGGCAGGUGGCCCGCCCAGGACCCACCACUGUGGGCAAUGGCCACAUGGCGGGGCCCCUGCUGCCUCCACCGCCGCCGGCCCAGCCGUCUGCCACUCUCCCCGGAGGUGCCCCUGCCACCAAUGGGCCCCCCACGUCAGACUCGGCCCACGGGCUGCAGAUGCUACGGACCAUUGGCGUGGGGAAGUAUGAGUUCACCGACCCCGGGCACCCCAAAGAAAUGUUGAAGGAAUUGAACCAGCAGCGCAGAGCGAAAGCGUUUACAGACCUGAAAAUUGUUGUUGAAGGCAGAGAGUUUGAAGUCCACCAAAAUGUUCUAGCUUCCUGCAGCUUGUAUUUCAAGGACCUGAUUCAAAGGUCGGUGCAAGACGGCAGCCAGUGCGGCCGGGAGAAGCUGGAGCUCGUCCUGUCCAACCUGCAGGCCGACGUCCUUGAGCUGCUGCUGGAGUUUGUCUACACGGGCUCCCUGGUCAUCGACUCGGCCAACGCCAAGACCCUGCUGGAGGCAGCCAGCAAGUUCCAGUUCCACACCUUCUGCAAAGUCUGCGUGUCCUUUCUCGAGAAGCAGCUGACGGCCAGCAACUGCCUGGGGGUGCUGGCCAUGGCCGAGGCCAUGCAGUGCGGCGAGCUCUACCACAUGGCCAAGGCCUUUGCGCUGCAGAUCUUCCCCGAGGUGGCGACCCAGGAGGAGAUCCUAAACAUCUCCAAGGAUGACUUCAUCGCCUACAUCGCCAAUGACAGCCUCAACACCAAGGCCGAGGAGCUAGUGUACGAGACCGUCAUCAAGUGGAUCAAGAAGGACCCCGUGUCCCGUGCGCAGUACUCGGCGGAGCUGCUGGCCGUGGUCCGCCUCCCCUUCAUCCACCCCAGCUACCUGCUCAACGUGGUUGACAACGAGGAGCUGAUCAAGUCAUCGGAAGCGUGUCGGGACCUGGUCAACGAGGCCAAACGCUACCACAUGCUGCCACACGCCCGCCAGGAGAUGCAGACGCCCCGAACGCGGCCCCGCCUCUCAGCAGGUGUGGCCGAGGUCAUCGUUUUGGUUGGGGGCCGUCAGAUGGUGGGGAUGACCCAGCGCUCGCUGGUGGCCGUCACCUGCUGGAACCCGCAGAACAACAAGUGGUACCCCCUGGCCUCACUGCCUUUCUAUGACCGCGAGUUCUUCAGUGUAGUGAGUGCCGGGGACAACAUCUACCUUUCAGGUGGGAUGGAAUCAGGGGUGACGCUGGCCGAUGUCUGGUGCUACAUGUCCCUGCUCGAUAACUGGAACCUCGUCUCCAGGAUGACGGUCCCCCGCUGUCGGCACAAUAGCCUUGUCUAUGAUGGGAAGAUUUACACCCUCGGGGGACUUGGCGUGGCAGGCAACGUGGACCACGUGGAGAGGUACGACACCAUCACCAACCAAUGGGAGGCGGUGGCCCCUCUGCCCAAGGCAGUGCACUCGGCAGCAGCCACAGUGUGUGGAGGCAAGAUCUACGUGUUCGGGGGCGUGAACGAGGCGGGCCGAGCUGCAGGCGUGCUCCAGUCUUACGUUCCACAGACCAACACAUGGAGCUUCAUCGAGUCCCCGAUGAUUGACAACAAGUACGCUCCCGCCGUCACCCUCAAUGGCUUCGUUUUCAUCCUGGGUGGGGCUUAUGCCAGAGCCACCACCAUCUAUGACCCUGACAAAGGGAACAUUAAGGCGGGUCCCAACAUGAAUCACUCUCGCCAGUUCUGCAGUGCUGUGGUACUCGAUGGCAAGAUUUAUGCAACUGGAGGCAUUGUUAGCAGUGAGGGGCCUGCCCUGGGCAACAUGGAAGCCUAUGAGCCUGCAACCAACACGUGGGCCCUCCUCCCCCACAUGCCCUGCCCCGUGUUCAGACACGGCUGCGUCGUGAUAAAGAAAUAUAUUCAAAGCGGCUGACAUCAGCGGAAAGCCCACGCCGAGACUGUGGACAGACACGUCUGGUGAGGCAAAUGCUACUCACAAAGAUCAACUUUCAGCAACACCAAUAAGAGGCCGACCAACACAAUCAAGGAACUCACUACGCUACACAUUUUGAAUACCGUCUACAUUGAAUGUAGGAAAUCAUCCUCGCCUUUGGGGAAAAUGAGGGAGUAGCCUCCGGGCAGCAGGAACCGCGACCGAGCGAGCGAGCUGGGCCUCGGGGCUCCUGCAGAGGCACUUGCUCUGAACGGAGGCGCUCACUCUGCCCGGUGCAAUAGUUUCACAUAUUUUUCAGCUGGGAGAGAGAAGCCGUUUUUUCCUUCCUGCAGGGCAAGCUUGAUCCCCAGCCAACCAUAGAUCAGUUAUCCUAUGACAAUAUUAGGCGUCAGGCUCUCUUGGAAUAAGAUCAAAGUGUCCUUACCACUUUGAUUCCUACUUUUGUUUUUAACCAAUCUACGCUUUCAGUGGCCGAGGGAAAACAAGGGACAGUACUAUGUAUGGGGCCCGAGGCCUAGGAGGCUGCUGGUCCCCCACUGGGUCGAAGAUAAGUCCAGGCUCUUUGCGGAGCCAGAUGUGACUGGAGCGGCGGCAGCCGUGGGGACAGCUAGGGAGAACCGUCUGUCCCUUCACAGGGUUUCCUACCAUGCUUUUGCUGGAGAAGGACAAGGUGAUUGUGCUAGCUUUCUCUUAUCCCAUAUGAAUUAUUUAGAUUUCCAAGGCAUUUUCUUGAUAAACAAAAGGCUAUUUUUAAGUACCGAGAGAAGGAGGCGGCCACGAGAGGGAUAACGCGGGAAUUCCCAAAGCUCUUUGUAGGUAGUGCCAGAGUGGGGCAUUUGCUCUAAUUUUUCUAUGUUCAGAAUAGAGGAUCUCUCCUGGGUGGGGGGUGAAUGCCCCCGUUUUAUUUUUAGAAAAAAGUAACUCCCAGACAGCCCCGUAAAAGCCGUGCCUCGUGGAAGCACUGUCAUAGAGAGACAACUCUGCUCCUGAAGGAAACCAGUUCUGGCUCGUGAUACCAGUUCAGCUCCCUCCAUGAGGUAAAGCUGAGGACCCAGGCCAGGUUGGAAGGGAAGGAGGGAGAAUACAUGUCUACAAAGCACAGGAGACUAUUUUUGAUAUUUAUAGCUAUAUAUUAAGGCACCUGCCACAAAGAGCUCUCAGGACGGGGACAGCCUUCUCAGACGAGCCGUGACAGCCAAGGCCUGAGGGGCAAGAGGAGAAUCGCUCUUCUAGUAGCAGCUUAACCCCAGCAGGGGGGCCAGAAGGGAGGUCACCCCGUGGCUCACAGAGGAAGGCCUUCCCUCUAGUCCUCAGACCCUCAAACCUCACGUGGUGACCAGUUUCCAUUCCAGGGCACGAAGGAGGCAGCCGCCACUGCUGUGCUGUUUCGCUGAAGUUGGUACCAAAUACACAUUUACCAUUUUUAUACCUGGUAAGUCGACUUGCCGUCAUUUCAUCAUAAAAACCACUUAUAAGGAGAAAAGGACAGGACACGCUCUCCAUCUUUCAGUAUUUAAUGACACAAAGUCCCAAUGUCGGGCAUCAACUUCUAGCACUACAAGUGUGGCUCCCACUUGGACAAGAUACCGAGCUUCGUUAUGCAGUUUUUAAUAUUAUUAUUUAUUCUUUUAAAAAGUAAUAAGCACAAAACUACAUACGUUGUAUGUCAUUUAAAGUAUUUAUGUCAAACAGGGUGCAAGUGUGAACCCAAGGACUGGAGCACAAGUGUCUAACUGCCUGGGGCAGGGCCAUGUCAGCGUUGGUGGGCGUCUACCUCCAAAGGAGGUGCUAGUGGUCAGCGAGACUCAACACAGACGACACUGAAAUCCUGUUCUCUCCUCAGUUAUCACACUGGAGCAAAACUGGCUAUUUCUGUGAAUGACAUAAAACAGGGUUCUCUGUAACGGUGUUGUACAUAGUAUAUGUUUAUUGUUAAGUUCUUGUUAUAAUAAAUAUAUUUAUAGAUCUAGACUCGGAAGCCAAUGUAAUGCCUCUGUGUGCCACUGUCCUUGCCACCGAGAUGAGAAACCCCAGUGCAGGCCUGUGCCACCUCUCCCAUCAGCUGUCUGGGCUCUGUUACAGACUUGAAUGCACAUCUUGGUGAUCAUAAAGGACAGGACUCCUCAGCGAGGGAAUGAAUGUACAGGGCUGAAAGGCAAGAAUAAAGGGCAAUUAAAGGUCAAAGCUGAAAGGGAUUUGCAAACACUCUGGCAUCGACUCUGAGGACCUCCCUUCAGUUUAAGUGCUCUUAUUACACUUGUGCAACUGAAAACUUCAAAAAGUUAGCUUCCCCCUGGUCUGCUUCCUGUGUCAGAGGCUGUCCUGGAGAACUGUGACAAAUCCACAUGGCAACUCCAUGCCAUCAGCCUGAGAAGAGACGCAACACCCUUCCUUCAGGAAGAACAAGUUGUGACUGCCAUUCUAAAAUCCAGUUGGGGGGCCUCCCUGCCUUCUUCAGUCCCACCUGAGGCUGUUCUCUAAUCUGUUGUAUAGAUCGGCUUUGUUCUCCUAAGGAUACCCACGCAAAGCCCAGGGCAAAAGCGUAGAACACCAGACGGGAUUGCUCCCUCUCUUCCAUGGAAAGACUUUAGAUUUAACGGAUUAGUAGGAGAAGGUAGAUUUACCAGCAUUUUACCCAAGGGAAGAGCCCCACACCCUUAAUCCCCAAAUCUCACCAAGACCUAGUACCUCCUUGCAAGAAA